AUGGCGCUGCCCAAAGUGGGCGCGGCGGACUUCUCCGCGCUCCCGCCGGAGCUCGUGCACCGGGCGCUCGCGGCCUCGUGUGCCUCCGACGUCGCGGCGGCCAGCCGCGCGUGCCGCGCAGCCGCGGCGCUGCACGCGUACGGCAUCAAGACCACCAAGGAGCUGUUGGUGGUCGACGCGCUCGUCUCCGCCCUGCAACGACCCAACGCCGCGUCCCGAGCGCACGCGGCGCGGCUUCUCGAGGACGUGACGGCCGCCGUGCCACCGAGCAGGCUGGCGUCCCUCCCGGACCAGGUGUUCGGCGAGGCCGUGCAGCAGCUCCGCGACAGGGUCUCCAAUUCCAAGGCGGCGACCACGGCGGCGCUGCACGCGGUGGAAGCCGGCGCGGUGGCGGUGCUGGGGGACAUGCUUCUGGACGGGCCGGAGCGGCGCGGGUGCGAGCUGGCGCUGGGCGCGCUGGAGCGGCUGUGCAGGUGCGCCGAGGGGCGCGCGGAGCUGGUGGCGCACGGCGCGGGCGUGGCGGCCGUGGGCAGUAGGGCGCUGCGGGUGUCGGAGGUGGCCACGGACAAGGCGGUGCGGAUGCUGCGGUCGGUGGCGAGGCACGCGGCCACAGCGGCGGUGGUGUAG